UAACCAGCUUAAUGAUAGUGCUAGUUCAAAGUCUUUCGAAAAAAAAAUGAAUACACCUCCAUCGACCUUUGAAAUAUUACGUAGGUUACUGGUUCAUUCUGAUGGCCGUGAUAAAGCCUUAAAAAUCAUCCAAUAUUUUGGAAAAAUUAUUCUUUGGAUUCGUGAUCCUAAGGUCUCCAAAGUUAAUUAUUAUAUUUUUUAUCUAUGUUAUCGAAAAAAAUCUUUUCCCCGAUUAAAAGCAAUGACCUCACAAUUUGGCACAACACGUAAAAUAAUUCGUUUAGCUCAUUUUCUAGAACCUUUUUUAAAUUUACUUGAACAUUUUACUGGUGCACGUAACAUCCCUUGUUUAGGAGUUUUCAAUACAUCGGCUAAUUUAGUGAAUGAUAUAUUCAAUA